AGCAGAAGACGCGGGUAGUUGCAGCAGGACUCGUUGAUUGGCUCCUUUAAGCAGUGGGAGUUUUGCCGGCGUGGUAAGGCAGAGAGUCUCAUCACGCACAUUGGUGUUUCUCCGUCCGCUCCGCUCUUGUUUCAGCCUUCUUCCCGCUUCUGCGCAGCUCGACCCGGCCACAGACAGCCUCCACAGCCUGCCCCCUGUGUCUCUCUCUACUCGCCCCUUGUGAGCAGCAUGUCUGAUUACGGCGGUCUGCCGACUAACGGAGUCGGCGCUGGGAUGAAAAACGACGCUUUUGCUGAUGCAGUACAACGAGCCAGACAGAUUGCAGCUAAAAUCGGUGGAGACGGUGUUCCCUCAGUGAGCAACAACGGAGGAGCUGAGAACUAUCCAUUCACAGCACAGAAACGAUCCCUGGAGGAAGCAGAUGAACCCGAUGCCAAGAAGGUAGCAUCACAGGGUGAAAUUGAUUCUGCAUUGUCUAUUGGAGCUCAGCUGGCGGCCCUGUCCCAACAAAGUGUCAGGUCCUCCACAAUGACAGAAGAGUUCAGGGUGCCUGAUGGCAUGGUCGGUCUCAUCAUCGGCCGAGGAGGUGAACAGAUCAACAAAAUACAGCAGGAUUCUGGCUGCAAGGUCCAGAUUGCGCAUGACAGUGCCGGGCUUCCAGACAGAACUGUUUCUCUGACAGGGUCACCAGAUGCCAUAGGGAGAGCCAAGGCACUUAUAGAUGACAUAGUGUCAAGGGGUCAUGACACACCCAACGGGCAGUCAGGCUCCAUGCAGGAGAUGAUCAUCCCUGCAGGCAAGGCCGGCCUCAUCAUUGGUAAAGGAGGAGAGACCAUUAAACAGCUACAGGAGAGAGCUGGAGUGAAAAUGAUUCUUAUUCAAGAUGGAUCCCAGCCACCCAACAUAGAUAAACCCCUUCGCAUCAUUGGAGACCCCUACAAAGUGCAGCAAGCAAAGGAGAUGGUCAAUGAGAUUCUACGAGACCGGGAUCAUGCAGGCUUUGGAGACCGGAAUGAAUACGGAUCAAGGAUGGGAGGAGGAGGAGGUGGUGGAGGCGGAGGAGGUGGUGGCAACAACAACGGCGGUGGAGGUGGCGGUGGUGGAGGAGGAGGAGGUGGUGGUAUUGGUGGCGGCGGCGGCGGCAUCGAUAUAGCUGUGCCCCGCCACUCUGUGGGAGUUGUAAUUGGCCGAAGUGGUGAGAUGAUCAAGAAGAUCCAGAGCGAUGCUGGAGUGAAGAUACAGUUCAAACCAGAUGAUGGUACAGGUCCUGAUAAAAUUGCCCAUAUUAUGGGUCCACCAGACCAGUGUCAGCAUGCUGCAUCAAUCAUCACCGACCUGCUACAGAGCAUCCGUGCACGAGAGGAGGGUGGCCAGGGGGGCCCCCAAGGUGGUCCCGGUGGUGGAAUGCCACCCGGUGGGGGGCGCGGACGAGGUAGAGGCCAGGGGAACUGGGGUCCUCCGGGAGGCGAGAUGACCUUCUCCAUUCCUGCGCACAAAUGUGGGCUCGUCAUUGGCAGAGGAGGAGAGAACGUCAAGGCCAUCAACCAACAGACCGGAGCAUUUGUGGAGAUAUCUCGUCAGCCACCACCAAACGGCGACCCGAACUUCAAAAUGUUCAUCAUCCGAGGGUCCCCACAACAGAUUGACCACGCAAAGCAGCUCAUAGAAGAGAAGAUUGAGGCUCCAUUAUGUCCAGUGGGGGGUGGUCCUGGUCCUGGUCCAGGAGGCCCAGGCGGUCCUAUGGGUCCCUAUAAUCCCAACCCUUAUAAUGCAGGGCCUCCUGGUGGUGCUCCCCAUGGAGCUGCACCUGGUGGCCCCCAGUACUGUCCUCAGGGUUGGGGAAGUAACUACCAACAGUGGCAAGCCCCAGGUCCACAUGAUCCCAAUAAGGCGGCAGCAGACCCAAACGCAGCAUGGGCAGCAUACUAUGCACAAUAUUACGGCCAACAGCCAGGGGGCGCCAUGGCAGCCCAGACUCCAGGGGGCGCUGCAGCAGCCGCACCAGGGGACCAGGGCCAAGCGCCGCAGGCCUCUGGGGGCCAGCCGGACUACACUAAAGCUUGGGAAGAGUACUACAAGAAGAUGGGCAUGACCCAGCCAGCUGGAGGUGCUGCAGCUGCUCCAGGCGCAGCAGCAGCCGCCCCAGCAGCAGCAGCAGGCGGCGGUGCAGCUGGAGGCCAGCAGGACUACAGUGCAGCCUGGGCUGAGUAUUACAGACAGCAGGCUGCCUACUAUGGACAGCCAGGGCAGGCGCCUGGACAGGCAUCUGCUCCACAGCAGGGACAACAGAAUGAGAUACUGUGACAGAAUCAAUAUGCAGAUGUAGGCCCAGUAAACGAUUGGAUCGGCCACUUGGAAGGUUGCGAUGGCUCUCUGGACUUGUUUGUUUUUUCUAUCAAGAGAUUUCCUUUUUGGCAAGACAAGACCGCGGUUCACUCAUCCACCCAGACAUUUUCUAUUCCAACCUUCUUGUUUGUUUUUUAAAGUCAAAAUUGAAGGAGAAAGGGAACACAUUUUGCCCAUGCAUUGAACAAAGCACUAAAUAUCUACUUCGGUUACUAUUCAGUCUGCCCCUUCACCUCACCCACACCUUGUAAUACUUUUUUUUUUUUUUUUUAAAUGUGAAAUAAUAAACAUCUUAGUUUGCAAGCUAGCACAACAACAUCUCAACACUGACUCACAUUUAAGUAGUUUUUCCCCUUCAAUUUCCUGAGGGUAAAAAACUGUCUAGCAGUAUUUUGAAUAUAUUCAGAAAUUGUUUGUAAGAAAAAAAACAUUUUUGGUUUUUUUUUUUUUUUUUUUUUUUUUUUCUUGGUACCUUUAACAUUUUUUUUUUUUUUUUUUAAACAUUCCCCGUGUUUAAGUUGCAGGUGUAUUUCUCCCUGCUGUCAUGAUUUCUUAAUUUUAAUUUUAUUCAUUGUAAUUAUUUUCCUUUUUAAGAGGGUCGUGUGUGUCUGUAUACAGUGUAUGCUACUGAACAGAAAAAUGUGUGCAAGUUGGCUGUAAUAAGGCACAAACUGUCCGAACAGAUUGUGGGUUGGUUGUGUGUGCAUGUCUGUGUUUGUGUGCUUGACUGCCCUCAAUUUAAUUUCUCCAUCUUUAUUGUUGUUGUUUUUUUUGUUCCAAUAGGUUCCGUUACUGUAUGCUGAUUUUUUUAGAUGUUAUUUUUUACUGCUUGUUUUUAAAUACUUAAAAUAAAACAUUCAAAUUACAA